CACGUGGGCUUCAUGGCCCAGAAGUGGAAGCGGUGCUGGUUUGUGCUGAAGGGCCACACGCUUUACUGGUACCACCACCCCAACGAUGAGAAGGCUGCAGGACUCGUCAACGUGGCCACCUAUGACCUGGAGAGCACGAGGGAGCAGAAGAAGAAAUAUGUGUUCCAGCUCUCCCAUCAGAGGUACAAGCCCUUCAUCUUCGCUGCAGAAACACUGGCUGAUUUGAGCAUGUGGGUCAGUCGCUUAAUAACAGCCAAAACAAAGUACACUCUGGCCCACCAGUCGGUCCCAGACAGGGAGGAAGACUGCUACAGUGAGACAGAAGCUGAAGACCCCGAUGAUGAGUCCCCCAGGCAUGGAUGUGACCUGCCAAGGAAAAGGUUGCAAAAUGCCCCAGAGAAAGCCCAGCUCCUCCCAGCUAGUGAGCCCGGCAGCCCCCAGCCCUGCGCAUCCAUGGGACCCAGUGGGGAGGAUCUCGAGUGCCUCAUGCAGUGCUUGAAGCAGGGGGGGGUGUCCCUCAUCGGGCGGCAGCAGGUCCUGACGCGGGAGCAGUGCCGACGGUCCUUCAUCCGGCGCAGCAAGAACCCCCACAUCAACGCGAAGGUGCACACGGUGCGGGCCCUGCAGAGCACGCUCAAGGCGAAGCUGGUGGAGCUGCAGGCCCUGGAGCAGCUGCUGGACGAUGCCGCGCUCACCUCGGAGAAGUUCACCCGCUGGAAGGAAGAGCACCAGGAGCUGUACCAGGAGCUGCAGGAGCGGUGGGCAGGGCGGCAGGGCCCGGGAGCGUGGCCUCCCCCAGGAGGGGGCCGAACCCUGAACCCACCAAGACUUCACUGGAGCAGAGCGGGUGCUCUGCCCGUGCGGGACACUGGUGCCCCAGAAACCAGCUCCCAAAGUGCAGACGUCCAGCCCCUGCUCCUAAGCCUAAGGGGCCAGGACAGAAAGCUGGUGCUGGGCAUCACCUGCAGCUG